CUAUGAAUAUGCUCUAUCUCCGUCAGUGCGGGGAAAUCCGGCGAGUAACGCGGGCAGCCCCUGAGUAAAGGUCUUCAGGAAGGGCGAUCAUGGCGGCGGCGAUGGUGAGGGAGGCGGAGACAGGCCCGGAGUUAGAGCCGGCAGCCGAGUUCCUCAGCGUCGCCAAGAAGCGGAGCAAGAGAAAGAGAAAGUUGGAGUUGGAGACGGGAGCGGCAAACAUGGAGACGGAGCAGCCCCAACCCCGCAAAAGGCCCGAGUUCCCCGCCAUGUCCGGGCAGCAGCUUGUGGAUGGAAAGGAUGAAAUUCGCAAAAUAGCUGUACCUGCACAUAGAUAUACACCUCUGAAAGAAAAUUGGUUAAAAAUCUUUACCCCGAUUGUUGAACACUUGCAGCUACAAGUGAGAUUUAACUUGAAAACUAGAAAUGUUGAAAUCAAGACUUGUAAAGACACACAAGAUAUAGGUUCACUUACGAAGGCUGCAGACUUUGUAAAGGCCUUUGUUCUUGGUUUCCAAGUGGAGGAUGCCUUAGCAUUAAUUCGGUUGGAUGACCUAUUCCUAGAAACAUUUGACAUUACAGAUGUGAAGCCAUUAAAGGGUGAUCAUCUUUCCAGAGCAAUAGGACGAAUAGCUGGCAAAGGAGGAAAAACUAAAUUUACAAUAGAAAAUGUAACAAGAACAAGAGUAGUUCUUGCUGACUCGAAAGUCCACAUCCUUGGAUCUUUUCAGAACAUUAAGAUGGCUCGGACAGCAAUUUGCAACCUUAUUCUAGGGAGUCCUCCAUCUAAAGUUUAUGGCAAUAUCCGAGCAGUAGCAAACAGAGCAGCAGAGCGCUUCUGAUUCUGCAGUGAAUUCGUACAAUUCAAAUCAAGUGACUAUGGUUUGGAAGUAUAGAUUGGUCUGAUGGCUGAAUGAGUAGCCCCAGUGUUUUUAAUUACCUAGAUCAAUUUUCCUAAUGUACUGGUAUUGACUAUAAAUCUGUAUUGAAUAAAUCUAUAUUGACCUUCAUGAAAAAUGGGACUGAACUGAAAUAAAUUAUUAAAUGUUUUAUGUA